AUGAUCACAAAAUUUUUCAAGGCUAUUCCAGCUCCUCAAAGUUCUGGUUCUGGUUCUAGUCCUCCUACGCCGAGUUCUUCUCCAUGUCCAAUUAUUCAUGACAAUAUCAAUCCUUCGGCAGUAUCAAACAAAGAGAAAAUGUUGAAUUUGAAUCUUGAACCUGAUCCCGCAGAAAGAAAGCAAAUUUCAGAGUAUCCUCCGAAUGUACGUGACCGAGUGAGAAGAUAUUAUAUUCAACAAGGACCUUGUCAACCUCGUAAUUGUAGUUUUCCAAAAAGAGAUUUUGGUGGAUUUAUGCGUCAAUUUAAUCUUGAAUGGUUUAACACUUCAUAUUCUGGAUGGUUAGAAUAUAGUAUUAAAGUUGAUGCAGCAUUUUGCUUAUGUUGUUACUUGUUUAAAAAUGAGCAUGGAGGACAUGGAAAAGUUAGGGAUUCUUUCACAAAGAGUGGUUUUAGAGCUUGGAAUAAAGCUACAUAA